AUGGGUUUGGAAGACUUCAACAUUCCAAAAUAUCUGGAGACCUUCCUUAUCAUUUUUAUAAUUGAGACCUUCACUGGAGUAUUGUCCAAUGUCUUUAUUGUGGUUGUCAAUUUCCACGACUGGCUGAAAGGACAGAGUUUGAACUCCAGUGACCAACUGGUGGUUUCCUUGGCUCUCUCUAAUUUUUGCUUUGCUUGUAUUAAUGCUGCCACCAUCGUGUGCACCUUCUUUUUCUCCAACAUUUUCUUGCUAGAUUAUGUUUUUUAUACCUUUUACAUGAUCUUGUCCUACAGCAUCUUCUCCAGUUCCUGGCUUUCCGCCUGGCUGUGUUUGUUCUUCUGUGUGAAAAUUAUCAGCUUUAAACAUGGCUGUAUGGCGUGGCUGAAGGCGAACAUCACAACCAUAGUUCCCUGGCUGAUACUUGUGUCUCAAGUUUUCUCCAUUGUCUCCAGUCUUCCUUUAAUAUGGACCAUCACAAAAGUGUUUGCAUCAAAUUCCACUGAUGAAUCUGAGGCCAAUGGGACAUCAAUAUUCACUGGGUAUAAAAUUAAUGCCACUUAUAACCUGUUCUCCCUUCUGAUUAAUUGCUUUCUACCUUUCCUGUUUGUGAUGGCCACAACUGGCCGCAUUAUUUUGUCACUCUAUACACAUGCUCGUCAUAUGAAACAGAACAUGGAAGAUCGUGGACCAAGCUUGAAGGUCCACCAGGGAGCUGCCAGGACAAUGAUGUCUCUCCUUGUUCUAUAUCUCAUAUUUUAUGUGGUAGAACUUGGCAUUGGGUUCCUUUCCAUGAUGGAUCCAUUAUACUGGGUGUGUUUUUUGCUGAUUGUUUCUUUUCCCACCCUACAGUCCAUCAUAUUUAUUACAGGGAAUGCCAAGCUGAAGCAGACUUGUCUGAAAAUGCUGAAGAACUGUGGAAAGAGAUAG